AUGGUUGGAAUCUCCAAAAUCUCAUGCAUCUGCGCUGUCUUCAUCGCCGUCUUCGUUCUCUGCGUCUUCCCUCCGGCGACAGCCGAAGAAGUGGUCUCCACGGUCCUCCGGCUGCAGUCCCAGGUCUCCGGCAACGAAGGGCAGAAAGUGUGCGGCAGGGUGGCGCUGUCGUCGUGCCCAGUUAAGUGUUUUCGGACGGACCCCGUUUGCGGUGUGGACGGCGUAACGUACUGGUGCGGGUGCAGCGAAGCCGCGUGCGCCGGCGCAGAGGUAGCGAAAAUGGGGUUUUGUGAAGUUGGUAAUGGCGGUUCCAUCCCUCUGUCCGGUCAAGCAUUGCUUUUGGUGCAUAUUGUGUGGCUCAUCGUACUAGGUUUCUCCGUCUUCUUUGGUCUUUUUUGA